AUGUCGACAGAAACUCUAUACGCCCGAUCCUGGGAUGAAGCACGGAUAAAAUCCCAGUCUCUCAGUAUCUACACACACGACAUAAGGGCAGUUAGCGAUAUAACACUAAGCGAGACCAAACCAACUACACUCAACUCGAAGCAACGAAUGGGAUUCUGGUCAAAGUUCAAGCGCUCCAAGAGCCAGAAUAUAAACAACUAUCACACCAAACCAGACGCAUUACCCCAGCGAGCAAAGUCAGACGCCAAUCUAGUAUGGUGUCCUGAACAGAAGAUAUGGCUAUUCGCGCGCCAGUCACCCAACAACUCAUCCCUUUCUCCUCGAACACAACGACACAAUUCACAGCAACAGCCUACAGCUACCACAAGACUUCCACCGCCAGCCGAGUACGGUGAAGAAGAACUCCUUUUUGCCCAGCUGCCUGGCCACUAUUGCCUGGGUAUUUACACCGAGACCAACAACGAACCCGUCAGCCCGUGUGAGCCGGAUUACUUCGACUUCUCGGGACAAAAGGCGUUGCAGACAAGUCGAUGGAUGUCGGUUGCUCAACGAGUUGGGCCAGGAAACACUAUGAGCUGA